AUGUUCUUCUUCAAUCGUUGCUUUCAUUUCCCUAAAAUUCUAACGCCAAGUAUUCUUUCGUGUUUUGCGGAUAUGACGAGUUGCACUCGUUUCGAAGACUUACCCACUGAUUUGUUUUUCGAAAUCUUUGAUUAUUUGGAUGCAUUUGAAAUCUUCACGAGUUUUAAUUCAUUAAAUCAACGUAUUUCAUCGAUUCUUCAAUCGAUUCCACUUCGGAUUUAUAUUUCAGCGAAUGCUUUUCGUUCUCAAGUCGAUUUUCUUUCUUCUCAACUGAUUUUCCAUGAGCAUCAAGUCAUUUCCAUCAAAAUUUCUGAUACAAUUCGUGAUGAUUCUGCUAUUAUUAGUUUAUUCUUUCGACGACACAAUUUUCCCAACCUCCAAUUGUGUUCAUUACUAUCAGUUGACUUCAAUACUAAAAUCGAUCGUCUUUUGGAAAAGAUCAAGACUUACAGGAAACUUCUCAUAUUCAACUUAUUUAACAAUCGUCAUGAAGACUUACCUUUAACAUCGAAAUCGCAAUUGCUUUCCAUACUAUUAAAACAUCCGUCGCCAUUACGUUCAAUCAACGUUUAUUAUCCGUAUAACUAUUUUGAUUUGAAAUCCGGCAUUCCUGCGAAUUUGAAUCUUGUAUCAAUUGGACUACGGAUGGCCGGUAUAAGUUCCGCUUCUUGUUUUCUGUCAAUUCGAACUAUUUUUCGUAUUUGUCAACGGAUAAAAUAUAUACAAUUAGCAGUCGAACUUACAGACAAAUUUGAGACGAAUCAAAAGACGAAUUUAAAUGGUUCAUCACUUAUGGAUCAAAACGAUCUUCCUGUAUUGACACAAGUUGAAUCUCUGUAUUUAGUAAUCACAAAUAUAUGUGGGAUUAAAUUUGUUGAGCUUGUCUUACGGUGUUUGCCCAAUCUUAUGUGGUUUGCUUUGUUUUAUAGUUUCCGAACAUCACGAUUGAGAUUUCCCAAAAAUUUCAUUAACGGUAUCGUUUGGAAACGAAUGUUUGAGCAGCACCUGACGCAUUUGAAGCUAUUCGAGUUUUUUAUGUUCAUUCAAAAUAGAAAAUUACCGAAUUUAAGACUAGAACAAGUUGUUGGAUCAUUUGAUUAUUUUGUUGAAACUUAUUCCAAUUGGCAUAUGAUUAUCGAUCGCUGGAGAGUUAAUAUUCCAUUUGAAGGCGAAGUAGUUAUGUUGCGCACAAUAAACCAUCACAAAUUUCUUGGAGAUUACCAAAUAAAAUGUCCGAUGAUUCAAACUGGAGCAUUUGAAACAGCAUCAACGAAACACGUCGAUGAUCACUGGAUGUUUUACCCUAAUACCAAAGCUUUUGAUUUGUAUUUAACAAAUGAGAAAGCAAAAAUUACUUGGUCUUCUUGUCUUUUCAAAGGUGUCGAACAUCUUCGUAUAGAAAUGCCGGUCGAACACUCAUGGUGGGAAAAUCUAUACAAUAUUGUUCGUUUUUCACAAAGCAGACACAAUUUUAAUGAUGUACAGAGCUGUAUUAAUGAUAUUUCGCAUUUUAUUCAUUUAUCGAAAUUGGCCGAAAUCGAGUUUGGAUCCUCAGUUGGUGUAUCUCGGUGGAAACAUGUCGAAUUGAUUUUACAGAAAUGUCUCAAUGUAACUAAAAUCAUUGUUAAUACUCCGCUGUUCGUUUCCCCGUCUUUCAUCGAUAACUCGUCUUUAUUUGAAAUCUUCAAGCAAAUUAAAUCAAUCAAAUCUCGAGCAGAAAAUCUUCAUUUCCCAUCGAACAUGAUUGGAAAGUUUAUUAAACGUUUUCCACUCGUCGAAGAAGUUGAAUUCCAAGUCUAUUCGUUUGAUAAUUGUGCAUUUAUCAUCGAAGAAAUUCUUACUCAAUUGAAAUGUAUAUCUCAUCUCAAGCUAUGUUAUAAGCGAGACACAUUAUUAGAUGAUCCGUUUUCACGUGAAUAUAUUUUUAUGAAACGUUAUGAAACAUAUCCCAGCGAAACCGUUGAUCAAAAGAAAAUUCAAGUGAAAAAUGAUGGUGAUGCUAUUGAGAUUUGGAUGUAG